AUACCGCGGAUACCAGUUGUUCGGGAUGUCGAUGCCAGGUAGUUAGGGGAAACGGGAUUGGCGGUCGGCCGAGUUGCGCAACGGAAGCUCGUUACCUGGUUCUGCACCGAACGCCGCUUGUCAAGGGGAUGAUGGGUCGACGAAUGAGUGGUUGAUUCAAUGUCAGAAUGACCCAGGAGAAUAUCCCUCUGGUCAAGUCACUUUUAUUAAGGUGUUUGAUUAUAUAUGGAGUAAGAGCAGUAUGCUCUUGGGAAAGAUGGAGAAUUACGGAGACGUUGUAGAAUGGAUAAGCGCCUGGCUGUGGAUCUCCUGACGCCUGAGAUCAACCGGCCCUUUUAUCUUCUGAGCCAUUGCUAUGGUUUCUUUGUUUUUUUUCCCUCCUCCAUCCUCCGCAUGCCGGGCCCUGGUUUUGAUUGCCCGGCCGCUUCUUGUUGCUUUGCUGACGAAACUCGUAGCGGAGCCGAGACGACCUUACCCGCGGCAGCAGCCAAGGCGUAGAAGUGCCACUUGUCUCCCGUUCAAUCUUUUCUAUUGUUGCUCCCUUGUUACGCGGCAAGGCCUUUCCAUCCCAAGACAAUCCUUCCGUCCAAUCUUGGCUCUCUUAGGUGUGCGCUGGGCAUCCUGGUUCCGCUCUGCGGUCGAUCAUGACAGUUCAGGCUGCGCGCUAUUUUCUUUUCAGGCUAACAAUUAGAGUUGAAGAUGAACUUGCAUCCC